UAACGAUCCAGGUGUGACGGCGCGGUCACGUGUCCAGGUGUGUCGGAACCGACAUGGGUCUCGUGUACUCCGAGCCGACCUGCCAGGCGGCGUACGACGGAGACGUCCAGCGGUUGUACCAGCUGCUGAAAGAGGACCCGUCUCAGAUCGAUGUCCAGGAGGAGCAUAACGGAGACACGCCUCUCAUCGCUGCCUGUCGCCGUGGCAACCUGAGGACGGUCAAAUACCUGCUGGAGAACAAGGCCGACAUCCACCGAGCCAAUAAGAAAAACAGGACGUGUGUCCACUAUGUCGCCCGGAAGACUUUCUCUGUGCUCGACUACCUGAUGAUCGCGAUCCUGAUGCCCGUCCUGCUGCUGGGAUACUUCAUCAUGCUGCAGAAGCAGCGCGAGAACGCGGCCCUGAUGGAGGUUCUGCUCAACGCCAGCGCAAACGUCAACGCCGUGGAUAAGCAAGGAAACACGCCGCUUCACUACGCCUGCCAGAGAAAGAAGCACCGUCUGGUUCCUGUUUUGCUGAGAUUUAAAGCCAAAACCAGCCUCAAAAACAAAGACGGAGAAACUCCGAUGGCCAUCGCCAAAAGACUGCGGUUCAACAAGAUCAUCGCCAUGCUGAGGAAGAGAUACUGAGAGACGGGGAGGGGACAGAUGGGGGCCGUUAUAGAUUAGACCAGGGAUGGAUGGGAUGACGGAAGGGGAGGGGACAUUACAGAGGACAGACAGGGACAGGAGGCAAUAAAGAGACGGGGAAAGAUUGUCAGUGUUAAAGAGGACAUAAGAUAUGAUGGUGUUACAGAGGGACGGGGGGGGGGGGGCAUGUUACAGGGGACAGAUGAGGAUACAUGAUGUUACAGAGGACAGAUGGUGGGCUUCAUGGGACAGGGGUGUUAUAGAUGACAGAUGGGACAUAAGAUGGUGUUACAGAAGACACUAGGAUGUUAUGGAGGACAGACAGUGGGGUUUUUCUGAGGACAGACAUUGAGACAUGAUUGUGCUGCAGAGGACAGACAGGGACAGAUGAUUGUAUCAGUCAAGAGACACGGAAAGAGUGCCAGUGUUAUAGAGGACAGACGAGGAUACAUGAUGUUACAGAGGACAGAUGUGGAAUAGAAAGAUGUUACAGAGGACACAGAAGACAUAAGGAUGUUGUGGAGGACAGACGUUGAGACAUAUGAUUGUGCUGCAGAGGACAGACGGGGAUGACGUAGAGGACAUGGACAUGAACAGAGGACGAUCUCGUCUUGUCCAGCCACACCAACAGCCACCAGCACUUCCUGUUGAUCAGCCGUUCAGCUUGACUCAUCUGCUGCUCAGUGAUGCUAAGCUAACCAUCUGCCACAUUCCAUCUGCUUCGAAUCACAAGAAACAGAAAUUAGCUUAAUAAGAGUGUUAUGAACGUCAUUAUGAAACAUUUCAAUUACGCCAAUAAAGCAAAUUCA